CAUGGUGUGUGUUCAGGGAGCUGCGGUGGCUGGUGACAGUGCCUGGUGUAUGACACUGUAUGUGGUGCGCGUGAUACGAGGUUGAGGGGCUGUGCACUGCUGAGGAAAGAGCAUAUCAAGUGUCAGCGUUCACUUGCUCUGGCGCAUAACCUGCACACUCGUUCAUUCUGAAUAUACUGUGGAAAUCCAAUUUCGACAGACUUGCCAACGAUGGCGGUCACGCAGGACAUCGAAGCGACGAGGGCGGACGAGGAUGUCCCUUCAACACCACCCGCUUCAGCUCUGCCAACUUACGAAGAGGCACGUCUCAGCUCACCCGAACCUCAAUACGAAGAACCUCUCUACACCGAAAUCAACAUCCCGCUCCCGCCCCUUCCAAAGCCCAAAGCGCACGCCGCCCCCACCGGAAAGCGCCCUAAGUCGCACUCGAUCUCUUCCUUCCGGCCGUUCCACCGCAGAGGAUCGUCCAGCGAGUCGACGCGCAAGUCGGGGGACGAGUGGCCGAGGAUUAAAAAAGAAGUCAAGAGCAGGGAGGUGGCGGCCGCGAUGAAUCUAGUAGGGAGGCAUCAUCGGAGCGGGACGGUCGAUGCCCUGGCUGUGGUGCCUGCCGUGCUCGUUCUGAGCGCGGAGCUGUUCACGCCUGGAAUUGAGAAGUCGAAAUCGGGCAAGUGGGAGGAGGGAAUGAUAUGAGGAGAGCUAUGCCUGUCUGGAAACGCAAAAUAACAAAACCGGAGGCGCCAAGCGCCUUCGAUCUGGUACGACACCUGCAUGCGAACGAUGCCUCGGUAUUGCAUACCUCUGAUCGCGGCUUGCGAAGUCUGCUGUGAGACGCGCAGCAACCCGAUAGCCGGUCGCACGACAUGAGGG